AGUAGCUCAGCACUUAGCUCAUCGUGUGCGUUGAAAUUGUUCAGAGCUAUUAGCUGAGCUAAAAGUCUCAAGUAACUUUUUGCUCAGCUGAUAGCUCUCGUCUGCGGUGGGCUUCUUUAGAUUCUUGAAAACAAACAGCGCAAACAGCAUUUUACUUCCGCGUUUACAUAUGACGUCAAACGUUGAGCCGCGUUUACUCAGUUUGUGACGUCAUGCCAAACGAAGAUAUACGCAGUACUCUUGCUUAAGAUGCAUAUUAGAUUCUGGGUUACGUUUGCACUGUUUCUCAAACUGCCAUGCAGUACAUACGUAUGUGACCCUAAUUGUAUAUGUGACAGUGGAGUUAUGAACUGCAACAACAAGCCGUCAGCAAUCGUACGGAUACCUAGAUCUAUUCCAAAGGACUGCAGAGAACUUCUACUGGAAAACUGCGGCAUUGAGAGGAUACGUAAAGAUGAUUUUAGAAAUUUGGAACAAUUAGAAGUAUUAAACCUCGAAGGUAAUCAGAUUAAUGACAUUCAUCCACAGGCUUUUCAAAAUUUAUUUCAUUUGAAAAAACUGCUGCUGCAGGACAACAAAAUAACAACCAUCAAGGUGGGUUACUUCCAGAACUUGGCAAGUAUUAAUUUAAUUAACUUGACGUCAAACCGUAUAAAAAUUGUGGAAAAACAUGCAUUCGCUACGCUUCCUAUGACACGUAGAUUGCUGAUAUUAAUGGGAAAUGAAUGGAAGUAUUGCUCAUGCGCCAAAGCUAAUAGCAAUCAAGGUUGUAGCAGACAUUGUCGCUCCAGUUACGGUACAAAAUGUGCAGAUGCACACGAUUACCAUGAUGGCAGACUCAAGUGCAGGGUUACACAGUACAAUUUGAGCUCUUAUGGCCAGACGCGUGUGUGUCCAGAUAAAAUGAGUGCAUGCAUGGUUACCAUCCGCCGCAUCAAAGAACACGGCCAGUUCAACGUCACACAUAGCUGCGCUAACUACUCUACUUGCAUGAGUCAAAUGAUUAACAAUAAAAAUAGCUGUACGUCUGCAAACUAUGAUACACUGGAGUGCAAUUUCUGUUGCCUGGGCGACUUUUGUAAGAACACAAGUAUUGCAUAUUUGACACAGGAUAUCACGUUUUACCUGUCCUUCCCGAGAACAAUGAAUUAUAGUAGGACUGAGCUUCAGACAGUUGAAGAGUAUAUAGGCGCAAGUAUAAGAAACCACGUCAUUCGAGUUUCUGUACGGCGAAACUUGACCAGUCCCUAUGAAUAUGGCUACGAGGUCAACACCACUAGUGUUCAUUUGAAGUCGUCCAAUGAUCUGAGGUUCAUCUUGAAAGCAAGUAUACAGAAAUCGAUUCGUUAUGAUAUGCUUGCGGAGUUUAACAUAAAUGCCAGCAGGUUAGAUAUAAUUACAGCAGUUAAAUUCUGCCAGAGAGAUGGUAGCUGGAAGCCAACACGUAUGGGAGAAUCGAGGGAACAAAACUGUACACCGCCUUUUUCUAGUAAUUUAAUUGAACGAAGAAUAAGAAUGUGCAAUGAAUCGACCGCAGGAUCUCCUUAUUGGCUGGAACCGGACGACAGUCGCUGUGUGGAAAAGGAACAUAACUUCAUGCAGGAUGAUCCAAUCACAGACAGCAAUGAUGAUAACACUAUUGACCUUGUAGUGGACAAAGUCGAGAAACUGCUCAUGCUGCCAUCAAUAGAGGCAUCCAGUGCUAAAUACGCUCUCUCUCAAGUUAAUUCGUGGCUGACCUUUAAGAAGGAUGAACUCAACGAUUUAGAACAGAAGUACGAAACGUUUGGACGUUUAGUUAAAGCUAUAGACGGUCUUCUCCUUAACGUUUCCAUGGAGAAUGGUAAAUUUAUAUUUAUAGAUAAAUCGCUCAUAGCAGCUGCAGUCAAGUACGACUCCAAAUAUCCUACAGGUGUUCUGAUGAACGAAACGGCCAAAGCGCCAUUGCAUAGAAACAGGUCGUAUGUGCUAACAAUAGGUGGCGUAGAAGAUAUUGACCCAUACCAGUCUAACACAAUAUUCCUUCCUGAAAGCUUGUUUCAAUCCUUGGAUGGCCAGUCUCAAGAAAUCAUUAGCAGGGUUACAUUUACUGCAUACAAGGAUGAUAUACUUUUCUUUGAUCUUAAAACUUCGGAACAAAACUCCAAACAGAACGUCUCCAGUGAGGUCAUUAGCGCCAGUGUGCCCACCACUGAGAUCACACAUCUUGCAGAUCCAGUUAUAAUUUCGUUUGUUCAUAUUCAAAACAACAGCCGAAACCCACAGUGCGUGUAUUGGUCGUACGAUGCAAAGGAUGACACAUGGGGAUGGUCGUCAGUGGGAUGUGCUGUAGCCAAGACGGAGAGCCGGUAUACCAGGUGCGAAUGUCAUCAUCUCACACAUUUUGCCCUGUUAAUGGAUAUACAUCCAGAUCAAUUUAUAUUUUCCAAAACCGACCAGAGUGCACUGUCUAUUAUUUCAUACAUCGGGUGUGUCGCGUCCCUGUUGGCGCUUCUUUUCACCAUAUUGACCUACGCCAUGUUCGGUAAACUCCGCCAGGAUUUUCCAUCAAAGUUAUUGCUGAAUCUUUGUGUGGCUCUGUUUGUGACAAAUUUAGUUUUCAUUGCUGGUAUGCAGGAAUACACCUUUAAGGAUCGCACAGCGUGCACGGUCGUUGCCGUGCUGAUGCACUAUUCCCUGCUGUCGGCAAUGUCGUGGAUGGCGGUGGAAGCAGUGAACAUGUAUUUCUCACUGGUCGUGGUAAUCAUGACAGAGACUCGACAUCGCCUGCUCAAGUCCAUGUGUUUUGGGUGGGGAUUACCACUCGUCACCGUGCUCAUAACCCUCGGUUCUGGACUCACCAACUACGGACUCCUUAGUUCCAGAAUAUGCUGGCUAACGAAUCCAGCGUUCUAUUUUGCCUUUCUGGCGCCUGUGGCCAUGAUCCUGCUGACGAACUGUAUUACGUUUGUUCUAAUUCUACACGCGUUAUUUCGCGUUUCCGGUCGAAAUGCACUAAUCAAGCCUACUAAGGCGAAAAAAUACACUCGUCUGCACGGAGCCGUUCUUUUAGUGGUCCUUCUGGGUCUCACCUAUAUGUUCGCCAUCUUUGCUAUUGGCGAGGCCAGCAUCUUCUUCUACUACCUGUUUGCGAUCUUCAACACACUACAAGGAGUGUUCAUUUUCCUAUUUUACUGUAUAUUGAAGAAGGACGCACUCUAUGCGUGGAAAGCAACGCUGAAAUGCUGUAAACAAGAUGGUUCAUUAGUGUACGAAUCAUUCGGAAACGCACAGGCUGCCUCAUGUAACGUUGCUUCUCAGGAGUCUGUCGACUACAGCAGUACAGAAUAUGAGACCUCGGAGAAAGCCACUCCCAGCCUACAGUAUGACGAACAGGCUUUCACAUGUAACACUGAAACUCAGACUGAGUAUAAGGAGGAAUUCGAUAUCAGCACCACGGAAAAAUCCACGUCCUACGAAAGCAGUACAGAAUAUGAAAAUUCGGAGAAAGCCACUACCUGCCUACAGUAUGAAGAAGACGGACCGUAUAAAACUGAUGCUCAGACUGAGGCUAUGGAGGAAAUAAAUUCUGAAUUCGACACCAGCACCACAAAAAAAUUCACGUCCUAACUACGGACGGACUAAAGACGUACCAUGUCAGGUCGGGCCAGGUCAAAGGAUUUAAUGUGUACAUUCAGAUAAAGCUGUUGUAGCGCACGCCUGUCAUGGGCGCAGGUCCAGCACAGGACGUACCGUGUGCAGGGCUCGAACUUAAGAAUUUGUUUCCCACAGCUUUUAAAAAAAAAUUGUAAUGGGUGAAAUGGCCCAACAACAGAAAUUUUAACCAUGCCCACGGCAUCUUUUUUUUUUUUUUUUGGGGGGGGGGGGGGGGGGGGGGGGAGGUAGGUGGGUAUAUAAAGUAACGUUUGCAGCAGAUAAACGUGUUGUAUGUACUAAUAUUAUAUACUGGCAGAUAAUGUACUCCAAGUGUAUACAUUUUAUUAUCGUUGAGGAGUUUUACCAACAGAACAAAAGUGCCGUCGAUGAUAGUCCUGACCUACGGCAAUUUAUAUCUAAACGACGGUCAGUGCCGUCGUUAUGUUUGAGCCCUGCGUGUGGCCAGAGAACUGCAUGAAGGUGCAAUAGUAAAAUUGCUCAAUGGCGACUUCCAGGCAGGAAAAUAUAUUAUCUAUUGUUGUUUUUCAAAUGUAAACAUUACGCCUUCACUAUAUGCCUGAACAAAAUUUAACAAAACAACAAAAAUAAAUAUUUAUUAGCAAAA